AUGGUCUUGUUCCUUGCCAAAACUGCCGCAACCGCUGUGUCGAGAACAAAUGUACAUAUAGGAAACGGAGUCGGAGGACAAACGCUUCUUGGAGCCUUGGACGUCCGCAAUCAGAUACUCCGGCAAAUUUUGCCUGCGAUUGAUUUUGAACGGUGCCCCGGGGUAUCGAGAGAAUAUAUCACGCGGCUCAUAAGCGACGAACAGGACGACAAGUCGAUUUCGCCAGCAGACGACGGUGAAGACGGCUACGAUGCUAUCCAAGUGCCGGACGUGAUCGAAGAAGCCGACGAGGCUCUGCACGAAUGGAACGAAGUACCUCCGGAAGAUAAUCCUACUCCGCCUGUCGGCGACGACGUUAAUGGGUUGGCCCAAGAGCAAACCCCGCGGCCUCGUCCAGUUUGCUCGCCAACCGGCGCCGCCUUGAGAGCUCUGUUUGCCGCCUGCCCUCCUGCGAAACAGAACUUCUUGCGGCUUGGACGAUCGUUCUUGCACGACCAGAAGUCCAAGACAAAUUCAAGCCCCAUGGGAAGCAAUGACAAGCCGACCACGAUCUCCAAUACGACAUCUCUACCUCUAUUCACGACACAGCAAGGAGCUGUUGAUGCAUAUUUCGAACAGGUCCAUGCCAUCUUUCCUAUGAUCGACGAAGUGUGGUUCAGGAGUGUCUUCUCGAGUCAAUCGCGAACGGAUGAUGCCUGGAAAGCGCUGUCCAACAUGGUUCUCGCUUUAGGAUCCAUUGCAGCCGGAGACGACACCUCACAUUUCUCCUACCACAGCCAGGUGCGGCAAGUGAUUGGUUACAACACUUUCGGAUCUGGAAACCUGGAGACCCUCCAGGCUCUGAUCCUUCUAGGAGGCCUAUAUCUAUACUAUGUCAAUUCACCGAACACUGCGUAUCUGGUCAUGGGGACGGCAUUCCGAAUGGCCAUAGCCAUGCUGCUACAUCGGGAGUCAUCGGCGGCGCCACAGACCCAGGCAGGAUCCUCCACACAUCCGCCCAGGUCCAUGUCUCGAGCCGAGAUCCGGAGGAGGACCUGGUGGUGUCUAGUCUGCGCCGAUUCCUGGAUCGGGAUAUUGUCGAGCCGUCCAAAACCCGACCGGUGGGAUCCGCUCACCAUGGACACAGCCUUGCCUAGUACCCAUAUCGCUCCUGCUCUUGCUGCUGCUCAAGCUGUGCCUGGUCUUGGCCCUGGAGCCACCGGACCGGAGACAAGAGACUGGUUUGGCACGUCGCUUUGGCUCAGUGCGGACUUUUCCAAGGUCUGUACUAAGCUCGGACAUAGAAUGGCCCAAGGGACUCGCAUGACGGCCCAAGAGGUCUUAUCCUUCGAUGACCAGCUCCAGGUAUGGAGCAAGUCUCGUGCCUUGCGAGUCCAAUUGGGGAGCACAUGUCCCAAGUCUGUCCGAAAUAACCUGGGCUUCUUGAUAUGCCAAUUGCAGGUCGCCCGCCUGGUCAUAUCACAACCGCAUGUAUUGCGAUUGGCAGAAGACAGACAGGCCUACGACGCCUUUUCCAACGAGGACUGGCAGGUGGUUUCAAUGUGUCAUAACGCCGCCCACGAAAUCAUUGACGCCAUCUGCUCCAAACCUGGCUUGGACAGGAUAUCAGUUUGGAAUUCGACAUUCGUGCUCUUCCAGGCCUGUGUGACGCUCCUUCUGUCAAUCGCCAUGAGCCAAAAGAAUGGGAAAUUCCCCGACGAUGCCGUCAAUGACUGGCGACGGAGUGUCGAGCGGGCCAUGCUUGUCUUCAAGGAUAUGGCGCCAUUCACGCGACCAGCGGACAGAUAUGGUGAUGUUGUUCAAGCGCUCUAUGACGGGCUAACCGCUCUCAAUGAUAACGGACAGAACCAGGCUUCGUACGGGGACUCGGAGGGAGACACGAGUCACCUUGCCACUCUCGGGGUGGUACCGCCGGACGACACAAUGUCCCUUGACCAAUACGACAUGACGAUGCUAGAACCGUUCCCGAAUUGGCUCGGAUAUGAUUUCUUGUUCGAAGACGAAGUUGUCAACUGGUAUCCUCUCCCUGAUGCCUAG